AAUGACGUCAGUAAGUAAACAGCGGUGCUGUCAUUGGGACAUAAAAAUAUUACCAACCAAACGGAACAAUUUAAUAAACGCCGCUUUGACAUCUUUGCAUAGCAAGGCAUGGUCCAGGAACUGACGUAGAUUCCGCUGAAGUUUUUUCAAGGACAGCUGUGAGACUGCUAUGUUCUCAGACAUGGACUUUGAAUUAGAGGAGGAUAAAUUAGGGAUACCAACAGUACCAGGGACUGUGUGUCUGAAAAAAGAUGCAAAUAAUCUUAUUGGGAUCAGCAUCGGUGGUGGGGCACAAUAUUGUCCUUGUCUCUACAUCGUUCAGGUGUUUGACAACACACCGGCAGCUCUGGAAGGGAUGCUUGCAGCAGGCGAUGAAAUCACUGGCGUCAAUGGCAAACCGGUGAAGGGAAAGACAAAGGUGGAAGUGGCCAAGAUGAUUCAAGCUGUGGAGGGUGAGGCAAUAAUCCACUAUAACAAGUUGCAAGCAGACCCAAAACAGGGAAAAUCUCUGGACAUAGUUUUGAAAAAAGUCAAACAUCGGCUGGUGGAGAACAUGAGCUCCGGCACUGCAGAUGCUCUUGGCCUGAGUCGAGCUAUUUUAUGCAACGAUGGACUUGUUAAAAGACUGGAAGAACUCGAGAAAACAGCAGAGCUUUACAAAGGUCUGAUGGAGCACACCAAGCGACUCCUCAGAGCCUUUUUUGAGCUUUCACAAACUCACAGAGCGUUCGGAGAUGUUUUUUCCGUCAUCGGCGUGCGAGAGCCCCAAGCCGCGGCCAGCGAAGCGUUUGUUAAAUUUGCCGACGCUCACCGCAGCAUCGAGAAGUACGGCAUUCAGUUGCUGAAGACUAUCAAGCCUAUGCUUCACGAUUUGAACACCUACCUUCACAAGGCCAUACCAGACACAAAGCUCACGAUCCGCAAGUACCUGGAUGUCAAGUUUGAAUAUUUGUCGUACUGCUUAAAGGUGAAGGAAAUGGACGAUGAAGAAUACACCAGCAUUGCAAUGGGAGAACCACUGUAUCGUGUAUGCACCGGGAACUACGAGUAUCGUUUGGUGCUGCGUUGCCGGCAGGAGGCUCGUGCACGCUUUGCCAAGAUGAGAAAAGAUGUCCUGGAGAAGAUAGAACUUUUGGAUCAGAAACAUGUGCAAGACAUAGUUUUCCAGCUCCAGCGCUUCGUGUCAGGUAUGUCGCGCUACUACGACGAGUGCUACGCCGUGCUGAAGGAGGCCGACGUGUUCCCCAUUGAGGUGGACCUCUCCCGUACAACCAUCAACUACAGCAGCCAGUCAUUGGCCUACACUGAUGAGGAGGAGGAGGAGGUGGAUUGUGCGGGAGGAGCGGAGGAGGGCAUCCAGGCAGAGAAUGGAAGCGAGAAACUCAUUGAUGAUGAAUGAAUGACUGUUUGGUGUUAUGGUGGACAUGAAGAAGUCAGUCCAUGCUAUUGACAUAGUUAUUUGCAGAAGGGAGAAUAGGAGCGGGUCAAGACUAGCUACUGUUCUAGUACUUUCUAUUUUCUUUUAAUGUUAUUGUGUUUUUUUUAAAAUACUUUGUUCUCUGCCCAUCACUUUGUUGCUGAAUUAGUUUGACACAAUUUGAAUGUUAUGCAAGUGUAGGAUUUCUUUAAUUUGAGUUGUGCCUUCUUAUUUAAUUAUGUGUCAAUGUGGCGGGUCUGUACUCUGGGUCAGUGAUGUUUCCUCGUGAUUGUUACCUUUUUAUUUCCUACCAAGUUGGACCAACAGAUGUGGUGCCAUAGCUGUUUUACCUCUCCGUUUUUGUUUUGUAACAUUUUCUUGGCCCGUUAUAAACUGCUCGACAAGGGAUCCUUUCUUACAAAGCUUCAUAGCCAAGGUCUGUCUGUUACCGUGAUAAAACUCGAAACACUAUUUGUAAAUAUGAACGUUAAAGGGAAAUAUUGCUACAUUUUAACUUUGGCUGUUAUAUUUAUUCUUUUGAACCUGCUGCCAAAUAUACUAAUUCUAUGGAAAUAAUAUAUUGCUUGGGUCAUCUCAUGUGAACCAGAAACAUGAUUAGCAUUAAUGUUUUUUUUGUUUUUGUAUUAGCUAUAGUGCUUUGGAAUAAACUAGUUUUCUGGAAUUUUCA